AGGGAGAGGCCAAAGACGGCAGGAGAGGCGAGAGAGAGAGAGAAGCGAGAGAGGUCACAGAGAGGAGGAGGCUAAGCGGGGCGUGCCCGUUGCCCGCUGGAGAGCCGCAUAAGUUAUGCAAAUGAAGCGAAGCCCCUCGCUUCACUCUCCGCGUCCCCGCUCUCGGCUCUCGAGAGCUCGAGUCGCUGCGGACACCGCGGGCUCCCCCAACCCGCCGCCUCUUCAGCCCUCCCCAGCUCCACCGGGGCUCCGCACGGGACCCCUACGCUCGCAGGCGAGGCGCUGGUGUCGCGGGUUGAGAAAGUCGCGCAUCGCCCUGCAUCGCCCUGCACCACCCUCCGCGUAGGAGUCGCGUCCGAGACCCGGGACUGCGUGCGGGGGGAAGUUGCGGAUGCGACGAGAGACGCGGGGAGACGGAGCGGGAGACGCAGACGGAGACAGGGAGACGCAUACAGGGGGGACACCGCGAGACAGCAGGGAGAGAGAGAGGGAGUCCAAGUGAGACCGAAACGCGGAGACACGGGGACAGGUAGGGUGGGAGUACUAUCGGAGACAGCGCUCAGGUGCAGAGGCGAGGGGUGAGCGGAGACGCGGGCGGGCACACGGAGACAGGGAGACGACACACGGAGACAGGGAGACACACGGAGACACACGGAGACAGGGAGACACACGGAGACAGGGAGACACACGGACAGACACGUGGACAAGAGGCACGCGGACACAGAGAGAGAGAGACACGCGCAGACGUGGACGGUGUGGGCACCAUGUCGCCUUUCCGCUACUGCCGCUGGGGGUGCCCCUUGCCACUGCUGCUGCUGCUGGCGCUGGGCGGCGGGGGGAGCCGCGCGGCGCGGCUCCGCUGGCUCGGCAGCGCCGACUGCGUGCGCGGCGACGCGGCCCUCGAGCAGCGCGAGGAGGCGGCCAACGUGGUCCUCACGGGGACCGUGGAGGAGAUCCUCCACAGGGACCCCGUGCUGCACACCUACGCGGGCAUGGUGCGCGUGUGGCGCUUCCUCAAGGGCCGCGAGACCCUGUCCCCGAACGCGCUCAUGGACGGCGGCCGCAAGGUGAUGGUGGGCGGCUUCGGCGAGCCGAGCAUCUGCGACAACCAGGUGUCGACGGGCGACACACGCAUCUUCUUGCUCAACCCCGCCGCCAACGAGCUGUGGCCCGAGCACCACGAGCUGCUCCAGCUCAACUCAAGCCUCAUCCGCAUCUCCCUGCGCAACCUCGAGAAGGUGGAGCUCGCCGUGCAAGAUAAACCCAUAACGGAGCUGCCUCAUACCCCUCCCAGCGUCGUGGAAGUGUGCCGCCGCGUGCUGUGUGGGUUUGGCGCGACGUGCGAGCGCGACCCCGAGGAACCGGACCGCGGGGUGUGCGUGUGCCGCCGCGCCGACUGCCUGGCCGUGGUGGCGCCCGUGUGCGGCUCGGACGGCGCCACCUACGCCAACGAGUGCGAGCUGGAGCGCGCCCAGUGCACGCAGCAGCGCCGCAUCCGCGUCAGCAGCCGCGGGCCCUGCGGGGCGCGCGAGCCGUGCAGCGGCGUGGCCUGCGGCCUGGGCGCCUCCUGCGUGUCGGUGCCGGACGGCUCGCCGCCCCGCUGCGUGUGCCCUUCCUCGUGCGCCAGCGCCGCCAAUGCCAGCGUGUGCGGCACUGACGGCGUCACGUACCGCAGCGCGUGCGACAUGAACAAGCGCGCGUGCGAGACGGCCACCGACAUCCGCUACAAGUUCGCCGGGGAGUGCGACCCGUGCGCGGCCGUGACGCCGGGCCCCGACGAGGUGUGCCGCGUGGCACCGCGGUCCCGCAAGGCGGUGCUGCUGCCGCCGCCGGAGUCGUGCCCCGAGGGCGACGCGGGCGCCGUGUGCGGGGACGACGGCGUCACCUACGCCAGCGAGUGCCACUUGGAGCGCGCGGGGGCGCGGGCCGGCCUGAGGCUGCGCAGGCUUCACGGCGGGCAGUGCGCCCAGCACGAGCGGUGCCCACGCCCGUGCCAGCACGGCGCUCUCUGCGCCGUCUCCGGCGGGGUGGCACGCUGCUCGUGCGAGCGCGUUGCGUGCGACGGCGCCUUCCGCCCGCUGUGCUCCGCCGACGGGCGCACCUUCGGCAACGGAUGCGAGCGGCAGCGCGCCGCCUGCCUGGAGGGGGCCGACGUCCCCGUGGAACACGAAGGGCCCUGCAAGCCGCUGCUGGCGAGCCCGUGCCAGGGCGUGCGGUGCGGGAUGGGCGCUCGCUGCGUGCUCAAGGGCGGCGCGCCGGUGUGCGAGUGCCAGGCCGUGUGCCCGCCGCACGUUUACGAGCCGGUGUGCGGCGCCGACAACCACACCUACGCCAGCACCUGCGAGCUCGAGAGCAUGGCCUGCGCCAUGCAGCGAACCAUCGGCGUGCACCACCGCGGGGCCUGCGACCGCUGCUCGGGCUGCCGGUUCGGCGCGGUGUGCGACGGCGAGGCGGGGCGCUGCGUGUGCCCCGGCGUGUGCGCGGGCGCCCGCAGCCCCGUGUGCGGCACGGACGGGCGCACGUACGCGGGCGAGUGCGACAUGAACGUGCGCGCGUGCGCGGAGCAGCGCCACAUCGCCGUGGCGUCCCGCGGCGAGUGCAAGACGUGCGGCGGGGAGGUCUGCUCGUUUGGCGCCGUGUGCCUGUCCGGGCGCUGCUCGUGCCCCCCGUGCCCCCCGGGGGAGCGCGGCCCCCCCGUGUGCGGGAGCGACGGGCGCACGCACCCCAGCGCCUGCGAGCUGCGCGCCACGGCCUGCCGCCUGCGCGAGGUCCUCAACGUCACCCACGACGGCGCCUGCGACGACUGCGAGGAGGAGGGGGGCGAGGGCGGCGUGUCGGGGUCGGGCUCCUCGGGCGACGUGUGCCUGGAGGAGCGCUGCCUGCGCUUCGGGGGCCAGUGGGACGACGACGUCGAGGACACGCGCUGCCUCUGCGACUUCGCCUGCCACAGCGUCGCGCUCAGCCCGGUGUGCGGCUCGGACGGGGUGACGUACGGCAGUGAAUGCGAGCUGAAGAAGGCGCGCUGCGACCGGCAGACGGACCUCACGUUAGCGCGGCUCGGACCCUGCAUCAGGGAGCCUGCCCCCCUUCCCACGACCUCCGCCGACCCCGUGGCCCACUGCAGCCAAUCGGUGUACGGCUGCUGCCCCGACAACCAGACAGCUGCCCUCGGCGUAGGGCUCGCCGGCUGCCCCAGCACGUGCGCGUGUAACCGGCACGGCGCGUACGGGGCGAGCUGCGACGCGGCGACGGCCCAGUGCUCCUGCAAGCCGGGCGUCGGAGGCCUCAAAUGCGACCGCUGCGAGCCCAGCUUCUGGAACUUCCGCGGCAUCGUGGUGGAGGAGCAGCCCGGAUGCAUACCGUGCAAGUGCGACCCAGCCGGCUCCGUGCGGGACGACUGCGAGCAGAUGACCGGACGCUGCUCCUGCAAGGACGGCAUCCUGGGGCCCAAGUGCAGCCAGUGCCCGCCCGGGGAAGCCAUGGGGCCCGCGGGCUGCCGGGAAGAGCCGACCCCGGCCUCCUGCGGGCUGCUGUCGUGCCGCUUCGGCGCCGUGUGCGUGGAGGAGGGCGGCGCCGCUCGCUGCGAGUGCCCCACCGCGUGCUCCGAGCGCAACCUCACCAGGGUGUGCGGCACGGACGGGGUGACGUACGCCGAUCGGUGCCAGCUCUUCACCAUCGCAUGCCGCCAGGGCACAGCCAUUUCCAUCGCGUCCUACGGGCCCUGCCCAGAGCCCAUCCCCCCGUUCCAAGUGGGGGACCCCCACGUGGGGCCGCUGCUGCCCCCCUCCACCACGGGCCGCCCCCCCCACUCCGCGGUGGUGACGCCGCCCAUGCAGGCGCCGUGGACCCCCACCCCCCCGGGGGCCAGGGCCUCCCACACCACCUCCCCGCACGGCGCCAGCACCAUGGCCGCAGGACAGCAGGAACAGGACGUGGUGGAGGCGCUGCCCCCACCGGAGGAGGAAGGCAGUGGCUCGAACAGCGGCGAUGGCUCGGACCAGGAGGGCAGUGGCGGCGGUGGCGGCACAGCCAGCGGCACCGCCGUCAGGGAAGGAGCGGCGAAGCCGGUCCCCGUGCCGGCCGCCAACGGCUCCAUCGCGGAACGCUCCUCCUGCGAGAACUCCGCCUUCGGCUGCUGCCCCGAUGGGCGCACCCUGGCCACCGACCCCGCCGCCUCCGCCUGCCCAGCGACGCGCGUCGUGCUGGCCCAGCUAUCGAUCGAGGAGCUGGAGGGCGCCGAGACGACGUUCGGACCGUGGCUCUCGGACCCAACGUCCGAGCAGUUCGCCGAGACGCGGAGCAGCACCGAGAACGGCCUCAGCGACCUGCUGCAGCACUCGGAGGUGCGCAAGUGGUUCCGCAGCGCCCGCGUGCUCCGCUUCGCGUCCGCGCCUUCCAACGGCCACGUCCAGGCCGACGUGGAGUUGCACUUUGACCCCAACUCGCACGUCUCGGCGGACGCGGUGCGGAGGGCGCUGCUCAAGGUGCUGCGCUCGCAGAGGAAGAGAGGCAUCGUCGUGACGAAGCCCGAGCAGGGACACGUCUCGCUCCUCAUGCCCGCGACGCCGCCCCCGGCGGCCGCCGCCGUCUCCUCGCUCCCGGCCGCGGCGGCGACCGCCUCCGCGGUAACUCGGCAGCGCGCCGCUCCUCCCGCCGCUCCUCCCGCCGCUCCUCCCGCCGCUCCUCCCGCCGCUCCUCCCGCCGCUCCUCCCGCCGCUCCUCCUCCGGCGGCGCCGUCCGCGGCUCCGCCGCCGAAGCAGCAGCGGCCCCGGCCGCAGCAGAGCGACAACUGCGCCAUCAACCCGUGCCUCCACUGGGGCCAAUGCCGCCCCGAGAAGCCCUCGGGCUACACCUGCAUCUGCCCCGUCGGGCGCGGCGGCGCCGUGUGUGAACAAGAGGUCCACUACCACCAGCCGGCGUUUGGCGGAGAGUCCUUCCUGGCCUUCGAACCGAUUGAGGCCUUCUACACGUUGCGCGUGAGCCUGCAGUUCCGCUCGAUGCAGCCCAAGGGCCUCCUGCUCUACAGCGGCCAGGCGCAAGUCCGCGACUUCUUCUCGCUCGCGCUCGUCAACGGAGUCGUCCAGCUGCGGUACAACCUGGGCUCGGGCAUGGCGGUGAUCACGAGCCGCGUGAAGCUGCAGCUGGGCCGCUGGUACAGCGUGGAAGUGCAGCGGACCCGCCGCACCGGCUCCCUCUCCGUGGGCAAGGAGCCCCCCGUGGAGGGGGAGAGCCCCCCCGGCUCUGAGGGUCUCAACCUCGACAGCGACCUCUUCAUAGGGGGGGCACCCGCCAACGUCAUGCAAACUGUAAAGCAUCAGGCGAUGGUGCAGCGGGGACUCACGGGCUGCCUGAGUCAGCUGCUCGUCAACGACGUCGCCUACAACCUGCAGUUCCAGGGUGGCGAGGUGCGGUACGGCCAGGGCAUCGGGGAGUGCGGCAACAACCCGUGCCGCCCCAACCCGUGCCGCAACAAGGCCGUGUGCCAGAUGAGGGAGGCGGAGGCGUACCAGUGCAUCUGCCAAGAGGGGUUUACCGGCCCGACGUGUGCCGACUCGACCAGCAGUGCGUGUGAGCCCAGUCCCUGCCACCCGGCAUCGCGCUGCCACGUGCUGCCACGGGGCGGCUUCGAGUGCGAGUGCCCGCUGGGGCGCGAGGGCAAGCUCUGUGACCGAGACGUGGCGGUGGACAAGACCGCGGCCUUCAUCCCGGCCUUCAACGGCCUCACGUCGUACAUCGAGCGCGAGAGCCUGGAAUCCGUCAGCUCCACGCACCAGAGCAAGCUGACGCUGGAGGUGUCCUUCCUGAGCCAGGAGAAGGACGGCAUGAUCCUCUACAACGGCCACCAGACGGACGGGCGCGGGGACUUUGUGUCCCUCAACCUCGUCAACGGCUUCCUGGAGUUCAAGUUCGACCUGGGCAAGGGCCCCGCCGUCAUCAGGAGCACCGAGCGGCUCCCGCUGGGCGUGUGGCACGUGGUGCGUGUGCAGCGCAGCGGUCGCUCCGGCUCCAUGACCAUCAACCAGGGCCGCCCGCUCACCGGAGAGUCCCCGAGCCCCCACACGUCACUCAACGUGAAGGAGCCAUUCUACAUCGGGGGAGCGCCCGACUUCAAGAAGUUUGCACGGGCGGCCGCCAUCACCACGGGGCUCACAGGCGCCAUCCAGCAGCUUUCGAUUGGUGGCACGGUCGUGCCGAGCCUCACCGAGGGGCACCGCGCCGCCGUGGACAUCACCAACUUCGUGCAGCACCCGUGCACGUCCGGCCAGAACCCGUGCCGCAACGGCGGGCAGUGCCGGCCCCAGCUGGAGCUCUACGAGUGCCUGUGUCCACGCGGAUUCUCCGGCCGCACCUGUGAAAACGCCCUGGAGCAGCGGGAUCAGAGUGACAGCGUCGCGAUUGCGUUCGAUGGGAAAACUCACGUGGAGUUUUACAACGCCAUCAAGCACAGCGUGAAGUCGCAGCAGAACAACUCGCUGGUGCUGAGCGUGCGCGCCGGCGGCAGGCCGGGCCUGCUGCUGUGGCAGGGCAAGGCCCGCGAGGGCUCCGAUUACCUGGGCCUCGCGCUGAGCGGCGGCCGCGUGCACUUCACCUGGUACCUGGGCUCCCGCCCGGGCCUGCUGUCCGCUCCGCUGCCCGCCGACUCCAAGGCCUGGGUCCGCAUCAAGGCCUGGAGGCACCAGCAGGACGGGUGGCUGCAGGUCGGGGACGCGGAGGCAGUGACGGGGACGGCCGCGGGCGGAGCCACGCAGCUCGACACGGACGGGGCCCUCUGGCUCGGCGGCACGGCGGAGCGGCGUCGUGCGCCGCGCCUGCCGCCCGGCUCCACCGUGGGCCUCGUGGGCUGCGUGCGCGACCUCGAGGUGGGGGGCCACCCCGUGGACCUCCUCGCCGACGCCCUCCACCGGCCCCCGCUGCUCCACUGCUCCUCCUCGCUCUGACCGCCCCCACUGUGACGCUCCGGGUCGCAUGCGUGGAGCACUCCCCUUGGGUUCCUGGAUGCCACACGGAGACCUCUCAGCUCCAACUGCUCCACCCAAUUACUCCAAGCUCCUCCUGGGUCCAGCAAGCUCCUCCUGGGUCCAGCAAGCUCCACCUGGCUCCAGCCAUUCCUCAUUGUGAAUGCUGAUCCAGUGUUCUUAGCAGCUUCACAUUUACAAAGUGCACCCAAUAAAAUGUAAUCGAUAUUUUUGUGACUGCAUUGGUGCACAAGCACAAUUAACAAAAAUAAACUCAACACGUUCCGUGUCGGUAACAACACUGUGGCCUUAAAGGGAAGGAAAAAAAUAUACAAUUGGCCUCUUGUAUGUUUUUUUCCUCCAUAAAAAUCAGGCAGGCCCAUGCGCGUUUUGAUUGGUUAGCGAGCGUCGAGGUGCACUGUGCAUAGUCGUAUGGGGGUGGGGUGGGUGGGUGAUGCGCGUGUUUUUUUGGGUACGCUCUGUAAAUGUGCAACUCGGAUGCGCAUGAUUGACGUGCACGACGGAUGUGGAAAUUUGUCAUCAGGAGGGACGCAUCGAUUCAUCGGUUAAAAUCGAUUCUUAUGCCCACGGUGCAUUCAUAGAAUCGUCUGCGUAAGAGUUGAUUAUUUUUUACUCAUGUUUUUUAUACCACUAUAGAUUAUAUAUUCAUACCACUGUAGAUUCUACACGCACCGCAAAGGAUCGAUUGGUCAAUCGAAUCGUGGAGCGUUGAAUCGUUAAAUCACUGAUGAUUACAUUUAAAUUCUUUAAUGACGCGCACGCCGAUACGCACUCAUUUACACACACACACAGCGCACACGCGGACAAAGAUCCCCCUUGUAAGCCGAAACGGCUCGUUGGGGCAAGUGCCAUUGGCAAGCACCUGAGAAGUCCUGACGGCACACGAGGGGGAAUCGAUCCGGUUUCUCCCACGUGGAACCAGUCUGUUCGGGGCUGGGGUUCUGAACAACCCCGGGGGGCCCGGGGGGGGGCCCGAGGGGGGGGGGGCCCUGCCACGUUUUGGCCGUGGGAGAAAACCCCCCGAGGAAGCCGCAGGGAAGCCGUGCGCAGACCAGGGGGGAGAGAGGGGAAGUGUGCAUCCUCCACACGGGAAGGCGUCCCACGUUGGGGAUCGAACCCAGGUGAUUGUAGCCGUGGGGGUGCGGGGUUGUCCCUGCCCCGCUGCCCCGCUGCCGCACUGCCGCCUGCGAUGGGAGUCGAGGCAACCAGCACCACGCAGCUGCGAUGACGAUGAUGCCAUGUCCGUGCCGUUCUUAAUCGAGAGUCUGUCCCAAGACCCCCCCCCCAUGCCCGUCGCUAGCCACGCGAGGGUGUUGAGGUUGGAGGGGGGGGGGGGCUUGAGACUGCCCCCCCCCAAAUUCACUCAUCCACCCCCCCCUCUCCACCACCGCCAAGUCACCACUAAUCUGCUCCUCAUCACCGCCUAGCCGACACCGUCGCCAGGGAACGCGCCUGCCUGUUAACACUGCGUCGUUGUCGUCGUGAUCUUCGUCGUCGUCGUCGUCAUCGUUAUUAUUAUUUGUAUUAUUAUUGUUGUCUUGUUGUUGUCGCGAGCGCGUUUGCCAUUGACCGUCGUCGUCGUUGUUGUGAGUCAGAGGAGCACUGAGUGUCGGGCAGGUGAGUGUCGGGCAGGUGAGUGUCGGGCAGGUGAGUGUCGGGCAGGUGAGUGUCGGGCUGGUGAGUGUCGGGCUGGUGAGUGUCGGGCAGGUGAGUGUCGGGCUGGUGAGUGUCGGGCAGGUGAGUGUCGGGCAGGUGAGUGUCGGGCAGGUGAGUGUCGGGCUGGUGAGUGUCGGGCAGGUGAGUGUCGGGCUGGGGGCCCUGCACCACUCCCUCCCUGCCCCCCCCCCUAUAUUUGGGAGCGUUUUGUAAUCCCCGAUAGCUCAAGGUGUGUAUAUUGUGGCGUUCUACUAAUUUUGUAUCUGUUUCUACUCGCGGGUCUUCUUGCUGAUGUAACCUGCACUGCAGAACUCAAUAAACGGAUAUCUCCUCACCUCGUCA